ACAAGGAUUGCAAAUGGAGGCCACUAAGAUCAAUGGUUCUGAUAAUUCAAAAGGAAACAACUCUGGAAAUGAUUCUCCAUUGAGUUCUGGUGGAAUCAAAGAUUAUAGUGGAGGAUCAGAAUUGGUAAUUCAUGUUAGCAGUGGUGAUGUUGGUGCUACUAGAAAUGUGGUUAGUGCUCCAGUUGUGAGAAAGAAGAGAGGGAGGCCAAGAAAAGAUAAGUCUAAUGAGAAGUUAAGAAGGCCAUUUGUAUCACCACCGACACUGCAUGCUAAGAAUUUACGACCACGGCCGACGAUCAAUCUGGUGCCUUCUGAUUGUGUCGCUUGCAGAGGAGGAAGAAUGCAGCCACCUGUUUCCGUUCAUCCACCUUUUGUCAAUUCAUUGUGUGAAACGAAUUCAUACACAACCGGAAUGGACUUUAAGGCACAUGUGAUAGAGGUUUCUCCUGGAGAGGAUGUAACUAGAAAAAUACUUGCUCUUUUUCAAACCGGUCCAAGAUGCAUCUCCAUUUUAUCAGCAAAUGGUACCAUUUAUAAUGUCAUGCUUCGUCAGCCAGGUUGUGGUUCAAGUGAUGUUUUGCUGAAAUAUGAGGAACAAUAUGAAAUUCUGCGUUUAUCGGGCUCAUACACCAUUUCUGAAGAUGGUAGAAUUCAAACAGAAGGUUUUAAUGUCUUGCUGGCCUGCUCUGAUGGUCAUGUAAUUGGUGGCACCCUUGCUGGUUCUCUAUUGGCUGCUACACCAGUCCAAAUGGUUGUAGGAAGCUUUAUCCCAAAUGAUUACAAGAACAAGCCUAAGAAGAAGCAUCAAUAUGGACUUAGAAAGCCCCAUUCAUAUCAAUAUUUAAAUACCGAAGCGUUUACGGAGUAGUAUGCAUGAAACUUAUGCUCCGAGUUUUGAUAUUGGUUGCCUAAUUUCAGUUUAAUUUUCUAAUUUGAGUCUUGAAAGACAGGCUUAAAUUGCAAACUUGGAUAUUCUAGGUGUUAUUUCAAAACUGGUUUUGUUGGUAUUGAUUGGUCCAUAGAUUCUCAUUUUGCAAACUCCCAACAUCAUGCAAAUGGGAAUAAUAGUAUGGACGAACUUAAAUGCUUAAUAAGUUUUGUUCUGA